CAAUUCUGUCACGGGAUUUGCUAUUCAUUCUUUCCAUGGUGCUGGAAUCAUAUAUUUGCUGGUUUGUUUCUCAGUAACUGAUAAAAAUGGCGACUCAGCUGAAGGUCAAUAGUAAGGUGCUCACUGGAGAUGUUACUGAUCAAGCAAGUUGGAUUAAAAAGAUUGGGGCAAGGGCACACAUGAGGGCCAUUGGAUUCAAGGAUGAAGAUUUUGUGAAACCCUUGAUAACUGUGGCUUGCCCCUAUAUCAAUGUAAUACCAUGCAACUUUCACUUCAGAGAGCUUGCAGAUCUUGUGAUAGAGGCUGUCGAAGAAGAAGGAGGAAAAGCUGUCUUGUGCUGCACACCUGUCAUAAGUGAUGCUAUGACCAUGGGAACAAGUGGUAUGAAGUAUUCCCUAAUAUCAAGGGACUGGAUUACUGAUUGUAUUGAAAUCACCCAUGCUGGAUACACUGGGGAUGGCAUGAUCUGCCUUGCUGGCUGUGACAAGACAAUUCCUGGUGUCACCAUGGCCUUACCCAGGCUUGAUGCAUGUGGUGUUGUUAUUUAUGGAGGAACAAUGCUUCCUGGAUGUGGAAAGAAACAUACAAAUCUGAGUGCUGGGAGUCCUUUUGAGGCACUUGGCUCAUAUAGUGCAGGCUCAAUGGACAUUGAAGAUUUGAAGGAUAUUGAGUGUCAUGCAAUACCUGGUGCUGGAGCCUGUGGUGGUAUGUUCACUGCCAACACCAUGUCAUCUGUUGUAGAAACUCUUGGCUUGUCAUUACCAGGUAGUGCUUCCGGUGUUGCUGUAGAUGGGGAAAACAAGGUGAUAUCAGCUAAGAAGAGGGAAGUCAAAGAGGCUGUGAGGGCGUUGUUUUCUUUGAUGAAAUCAGGAAAAACUGCAAAAAAUAUUUUGAGUAGGAAGGCUUUCGAAAAUGCUGUAACAGUUAUGUACGCUUUAGGUGGAUCAACUAAUGGAGUUCUUCAUUUACUAGCUCUCGCCCAUGAAUCUGAAGUAGAAUUUUGCAUUGAAGAUUUUAAUAAGGUUGGAGGAAAGGUUCCACUGAUAGCAAAUGUUAAACCACACGGCAAGUAUCAAAUGGCUGAUUUGGACAAGAUUGGAGGUCUUCCGUUAGUGUUGAAAGAACUACUGGAUAAUGGUUUUCUACAUGGAGAUCAGAUCACAGUUAGUGGGAAAACAAUGGCUGAAAAUCUUGCUGAUGUACAACGUCUUUCUGAAAUAGGACAACAGGAAGUAGUGUUUCCAAUUUCAUCUCCAGUGGCGCCAGCUGGCAGACACAUCUUGAUUUUAAAGGGGAAUCUUGCUCCUGAGAGCGCUGUACUCAAAUUAAGUGGAAAAGAUAUAGCUGGAGUGUUUCGAGGUCCGGCAGUGGUAUUUGAUGGAGAAGAGCAAGCAUUUCAAAGUGUUAUGAAGGGAAAAAUCAAAGCCGGCGAUGUACUGGUCAUUCGAUAUGAAGGUCCACGAGGCAGUCCAGGGAUGCCAGAAAUGCUGGUCCCCAGCGGUGCCCUGGUUGGCGCAGGACUGGGAAAGAAAGUAGCAUUGGUAACAGACGGACGAUUCAGCGGUGCUUCCCAUGGUAUCAUGAUCGGUCACGUGUCACCUGAAGCUCAGGUCGGAGGUCCGAUAGGUUUGAUACAAGAUGGUGAUAUCAUAGUAAUAGAUCAGGAAAAUGCAACUUUGCAUGUGGAACUCACAGAUGACGUGCUGCGCGAGCGAAAGUUAAGAUGGCAACCACCGCCCAGAAGGCUCACGGGACUACUUCAGAAGUACUCCAGAGUAGUUUCCAGUGCUCAUGCGGGAGCCGUUACUCACUAAUUAACAAAAUAUAGGGAUCUAAUGGCUAAAUUUGAUGUAAUGAAAAAUGAUUAUGAUGGUGGUAAAAACCUGUCAAGAAUUAAGAAAACAAUAAAUGAACAAACAAACACAGGAGCCCAUUAGGGUUGGAAUGCAAUAAGAUUGCAAAGUUCUCGUGAAUAUUUAUCAGAAAAGACUCUUUGUAGGAACACAUUUUCUCGUUUGCAGUUUGUCUAGAAACGAUUCUUACUCAUAAAAUAGGACCGUAUUUGUACAUCCUUUUUAAAACUAUUAUUUUACGUAGGGAAUGUACUUAUGUUACUUAAAUAGUUAUUAAAUUCAAUUACU